GAUGAAUAGUUUGACGAGUUACGUUUGGGAGGAUGUCCCUGAAAAUGAGGAAGGGCAAMGUGGAAUGGUGGAUCAAGAGGAAGAAUGGGUUUGGAUUCAAGGUGUACGCGAAGAAAGAGCAAAAAUUGACGAGCCACAAACCAGUUCAGAAAAUGCAUCCGAAGAUGACGAAGACACAAAGGCCCGCGAAAAAGGCACAAAUUCUCGAAGYGCUAUCGCAGAUGAGCCAAGUACGUCGACAGAAAGUUUGCGACGUGUUACUCGAAGCCAAACUCGUCGGCUUACAAAUGCUGAYCUUGGAAUACAGAAACCACUAAAGAGACUACAGUCUCGAAAGAACAAGCAAGAAAACACUCGCAUAACAAGACAAAACACGCGGCAGAGAAACGCCGCCAUKAAAGAACAAGGAAGACGAAGUUGUAGAAGAAAUCAAACAUAUAAACAAAGUAGCCGUUAAUUGUUAUGAAAAAGAUUAAUUAUAUACAAAUUCAGCAAAUGUAAAACUAAAAUCGGUUUUGAAAUAACUAUUUCAGCUAUAUUGAGUUGGAGCGAGAGCAAAUCAACAAACUGUGUACAUUAUAUAUUAUUGAUGCAAAAUUGAAACAUUGAACACUAGAAAAAUGCGAUAUUUCAAGCAAACAAGCURCACAC